CAACGGCAUCGCAUCGCUUCCAAGCCAAGCAACAAAUAUAAGUAGCAAAAAUUUUCUAAUCAAACAAACAAAAUAUCGCUCUUGCUUACUCUCUCUCUCUCUCUCUCUCUCUCUCUCUCUUUCUUCUUCAUGACUGUGUUUUGAGGAAUUGACGAGAAGUAGCAAUGUCAUCAAAGCACAGAUCGAAACCGAAAAGAUUAGAUUCAAGCAAUUCUAAAGCUGUUAAUUCGCCAUCUUCUUCAACGACGUCGUCUUCUAAGCAGUUUCUGGAGACAUCUAUUGAUGGUCUGAGCUCUCCCGCCUCUUCAUCCGUUCGAAGCAAGCCUCAGUAUUUCUACACUGAGAACUUGUCUUACAAAGAAAAUGUUACAGUCACUGUUCGGUUCCGGCCGCUUAGUCCCAGGGAGAUUCGUCAAGGCGAGGAGAUUGCGUGGUAUGCGGAUGGGGAAACUAUUGUGCAGAACGAACAUAAUCCAUCGAUAGCGUAUGCGUAUGAUCGGGUAUUUGGCCCUACGACCACCACACGCCAUGUCUAUGAUGUCGCUGCUCAGCAUGUUGUCAGUGGUGCAAUGGAAGGCAUCAAUGGCACCAUCUUUGCAUAUGGCGUGACAAGCAGUGGGAAGACUCACACAAUGCAUGGUGAUCAGAGGUCCCCUGGAAUUAUACCAUUGGCAGUAAAGGAUGCUUUUAGUAUUAUUCAAGAGACUCCAAAUCGAGAAUUUCUUCUUCGAGUUUCAUACUUGGAGAUCUAUAAUGAGGUUGUUAAUGAUUUGUUAAAUCCAGCGGGGCAAAAUUUAAGAAUUAGAGAGGAUUCUCAGGGAACCUUUGUUGAAGGUAUAAAGGAAGAAGUUGUAUUAUCUCCUGCUCAUGCUCUUUCCCUUAUAGCAGCUGGAGAAGAGCACAGACAUGUUGGGUCAACAAACUUCAAUUUACUGAGCAGUCGGAGUCAUACAAUAUUUACUCUGACGAUAGAGAGCAGCCCAUGUGGUGAAAAUAGUGCCGGGGAAGCUGUAAAUCUGUCCCAACUGCACCUCAUCGAUCUGGCAGGUUCGGAGAGCUCAAAGGCCGAAACUGUUGGUGUGAGGCGGAAAGAGGGAUCUUAUAUUAAUAAAAGCCUGCUAACUCUUGGAACUGUUAUUUCAAAGUUAACAGAUGGGAGGGCCACUCACAUACCAUACAGGGAUUCUAAAUUAACCCGGCUUCUACAAUCUUCGUUAAGUGGUCAUGGCCGUGUAUCUCUCAUUUGCACGGUCACUCCUUCAUCAAGUAGUUCAGAAGAAACACAUAAUACGUUGAAAUUUGCACACCGUGCAAAGCAUAUUGAAAUUCAAGCAUCUCAAAACAAGAUUAUUGAUGAGAAAUCACUCAUCAAGAAAUACCAACAUGAGAUACGGAGUUUAAAGGAAGAGUUAGAACAGUUGAAGAGGGGUAUUGAAACAGUUCCUCAACUCAAAGAUAUUGGGGGAGACGAUAUUGUACUCCUAAAGCAGAAGCUAGAAGAUGGUCAAGUCAAGCUGCAAUCUAGAUUGGAGCAAGAGGAAGAAGCGAAAGCUGCUUUAUUGAGCCGAAUACAACGAUUGACCAAAUUAAUUUUGGUCUCAAAACCUUCACAAUCGACAAGAUUUCCCCACCGCCCUGGUCCAAGGAGGAGACAUUCUUUUGGAGAAGAAGAGCUUGCAUACCUACCACACCGAAGGCGAGACUUGGUCUUGGAUGAUGAAAACAUUGAUUUGUUUGCUUCUCUAGAAGGAAAUUCUGAAACUGCAGAUUAUACAAUUAAGGAGGAGAAAAAGACCCGGAAGCAUGGAUUGCUAAACUGGUUAAAGCUACGGAAACGAGAUAGUAGCUUGGGGCCAUUGACUAGCACCAGUGAAAAAUCAAGUGGAAUUAAGUCUAAUAGUACACCUUCAACUCCUCAAGCUGGGAACACUAAUUUUCAUGCAGAAUCCAGGCUUUCUCAAUCUCCACUUACAGAAACCUCUCCAUCUGCGGAUGUACUCUCUGAGUUUAGACAGGACAGAGAAGUUCCUGAGGAUAGUUUCCUUGGACAAGAGACACCUUUGACUAGUAUCAAAACAAUUGAUCAGAUUGAUCUUCUGAGGGAACAGCAGAAGAUUUUGUCCGGAGAAGUGGCACUUCAUUCAAGUGCCUUGAAGCGAUUGUCUGAGGAGGCUGCUAAAAAUCCCCAAAAGGAACAACUUCAGGUGGAGAUUAAGAAGUUGAAAGACGAAAUCAAGGGUAAGAACGAACAAAUUUCUCUGCUCGAAAAGCAAAUUGCUGAUUCCAUCAUGGCUUCACACAACACGAUGGAUAACGCUGAAGUAUCUCAAUCUAUUGCCGAGCUGGUGGCUCAAUUAAAUGAGAAGUCCUUUGAACUUGAGGUCAAAGCUGCCGAUAAUCGUAUAAUUCAAGAGCAGCUCAAUCAAAAGAUCUGUGAUUGCGAAGGAUUACAGGAAACGAUAUACUCCUUAAAGCAGCAGCUCAACGAUGCACUAGAGCUUAGAAAUUUCAGUCCUGUAGCCAGUUAUUCACAACGAUUCACUGAAAGUUUCCAGGAGGAACAGGCCCAAAUCGACAAAGACAUUGCUGUCUUGAAAGACACAAAUGAAGACUUGCUUUCACGAGCACAGGCAACUGAGAUUGAAGAAUUAAAGCAGAAAGUUGUGGAACUAACAGAAUCAAAAGAACAGCUAGAACAUCGAAACCAGAAAUUAGCAGAGGAGAGUUCAUAUGCCAAAGGACUAGCCUCCGCUGCAGCGGUUGAACUCAAGGCAUUGUCCGAAGAAGUUGCCAAGCUUAUGAACCAUAAUGAGAGACUAGCCACUGAGCUGGCAGCAGCAAAGAGUUCCCCGACCCAGCGUAGAACAAGUACAGGGCGAAAUGGCCGCAGAGACAGCGGUCAGUUCAAGCGACACGAUCAAGCUGCAUCACUGGAUCUCAAGAGAGAACUAGCACUAAGUCGAGAGCGAGAGCUUUCAUACGAAGCUGCCCUUAUGGAGAAGGAUCAACGAGAGACUGAGCUUCAAAGGAAGGUUGAAGAAUCCAAGAAACGAGAAGCUUAUCUGGAAAACGAACUCGCUAACAUGUGGGUUCUUGUGGCGAGAUUGAAAAAAUCCCAUGGAGCCGAUACUACCGAUGUUUCUGAAUCGACAACAGAAACUCAAGCGAGUAGAUAGUUUUGGGAUUUGAAAUGAUCAAAAUGGUUUGGUGAUUGGGUUUGAGAGUUAGCAAAGUGUGUAGAAAAUUGUGGUGUUGUGUAUUCUAAAUGUGGUUCUCUUCUUAUCCUUUUCUUAUUGUUGAUUCUUCAAAUUUGUUCUACCAAUUGGGCUUUCAAUUUUU